CAGGCUUUUGUCAUACAAGUAAGAAUAUGAAGACUUAAUUUUUUGAAAAAGUAAGUACUUUGUAAGAGCCUUCAACUCUUGUUAUUACACCAGUGUAAGAGGAAAACCUGGAGGGCAAGAUUUCUGCAAGUUAAAGCCUGUCCACAGAAAGUUGAUGUUUCACAAGCCUAAAGUCACGAGUAAUGCAGCCAACUCCUUUCAAAACAGUUUCAUGUUUGCAGAAUUGAAAGGGUUUACUGAAAUUCUGCCUUUUUUGUUUUUGCAGGCUAGAGUAUUAGUUUAGUUGUAUGAGCUAAAAUUUUGUCAGCCACCAGAUGUAAUUCUAGCUAAAGCCAUGAAGAUAGCAGUUGUAAGAAGAGUGAAAGGAUGGACUUUUGCAUUGAUCAUUACAGAAGAAGAAACGGUUUAUGAAGGCUUUCUAAUUCCAGAAACAAGUGGGAAGUUCUAAGUGGUGAAUAGUGUGGUUUAAUCUCGAGACAAAGCAGAAGAAUGUUCUUAAAAGACAGAAGAGUUUCUGAGACACACUGUGGAAAGAGUGGGCAGUCUCUGUAUUCAGACUCCUGAAAAAUGUGUGUUCCUUUGAAGAAGUAAUCUAUUGGAAGCAUACACUUGGGAACAUCGUUCUAAUUUGUCUGUCAAUCUUCGUUGAGUUCAGCAAUAUCUGUCCUGUAACCUAAUUUUUGGAGUUGAAGGUUUCUUCUGCCAAACAAGUUACCUACUACAGAUACCCAACUUCCAUACAGCAAGGACACUUAACAUGGCUCCGACUCUGUUGUUUGCAGUCUUGAGCUUAUUACUUGGAGCAGCACUAGCAUUUGGUCCAGUGCCCAGGAUCACAUGGGAGCACAGAGAAGUACAGCUGGUACAUUUUCAGUCACCAGAAGUGUUUAACUAUUCAACCUUAUUGCUAAGUGAAGACAAAGAUGUUUUAUAUGUAGGAGCUAGAGAAGUUAUCUUUGCAUUAAAUUCACUGAAUAUUGCUGAAAAACAGCAUGAGUUAUAUUGGAAGGUCACUGAAGAAAAAAAGAGUAGAUGUGCGGACAAGGGCAAAUCCAAGCAGACAGAGUGUCUUAACUACGUGCGUGUUUUGCAACAGCUGAAUGAUACUUUCCUGUAUGUGUGUGGAACUAAUGCAUUUCAGCCCAUCUGCGAUUAUCUGAAUUUAAUGUCAUUUGAACUUGGAGGUAAAAAUGAAGAUGGUAAAGGUAGAUGUCCAUUUGAUCCUGCCCACAGCUACACAUCAGUUAUGGUUGAUGGAGAGCUUUACUCUGGAACUUCCUACAACUUCUUGGGAAGUGAACCUAUUAUUUCCAGACACUCUCAUCAGAGUCCAUUGAGAACAGAAUAUGCAAUACCUUGGCUUAAUGAGCCCAAUUUUGUUUUUGCUGAUGUGAUAAGAGCAGAUCAAAAUAGCACAGAUGGGGAAGAUGACAAAGUAUACUUCUUUUUCACCGAGGCGUCUGUGGAAUAUGAAUUUGUUGGCAAGCUGAUGAUUCCAAGAAUAGCUAGAGUUUGUAAGAGGGACCAAGGUGGAUUAAGAACUUUGCAGAAAAAAUGGAGCUCUUUUCUCAAAGCUAGAUUGAUUUGCACCAUACCUGAUAGGAAUUUGAUUUUCAACGUUAUCAAUGAUGUUUUCAUUCUUAAGUCUCCAAGUUUGAGGGAACCAGUCAUAUACGGAGUGUUUAUCCCACAACUGAAUAAUGUGGGGCUAUCUGCAGUGUGUGCAUACAAGCUGUCAAAUGUGGAAGAAGUUUUCUCCAAAGGAAAGUACAUGCAGAGUGCCACUGUAGAACAGUCUCAUACGAAGUGGGUACGAUACAAUGGGGAGAUUCCUAAACCUCGACCUGGAGCUUGCAUAAACAAUGAAGCCAGAUCAGCAAACUACACAAGUUCUCUGAAUUUACCAGACAAAACUCUACAGUUUGUUAAAGACCACCCUCUAAUGGAUAACUCAGUGACCCCAAUAGGGGACAGACCCAGAUUAGUAAAACGAGAUGUGAAAUAUACACAGAUCGUGGUAGACAGAGUUAAAGCGCUGAAUGGCACUGUGUAUGAUGUCAUGUUUAUUGGUACAGAUCGAGGAGCCCUUCACAAAGCUAUCAGCUAUGAAAAUGGAAUGCAUAUCAUUGAAGAAACACAACUUUUCCCAGAUUUUGAGCCUGUUCAGACAUUACUGCUUUCAUCAAAAAUGGGUAAAAGGCAUCUCUAUGCAGGCUCAAAUUCUGGUGUGGUUCAGUCUCCUGUUGCCUUUUGUGACAAGUACACCACUUGUGUUGACUGCGUUUUAGCAAGAGAUCCUUACUGUGCUUGGAAACCACAUGAAGCCUCCUGCACUGAUAUUCUUAAAGAAAGUGAAAGUGAAAGGGAUUGGAUUCAGAAUAUAGGUGGAGAUGCCUCAUUUUGUUCUGAUAAAGUAAGAGAGAAUUUUCUGCAGCAUACAUUCAAGCAUGGGAGCACAGCAGAACUCAAAUGUUCUCAAAAGUCCAACCUGGCACAGGUAGUUUGGAAGUUCAAGGAUGACGUACUGAGAGUGGAGAGUCCCAAGUAUCGUCUGCUGGAGAAGGCACUGCUCAUCUUCAAUUUGUCAGAAGGAGACAGUGGUGUUUAUCAGUGUUUGUCAGAAGAAAAAGUGAAGAAUAAGAAGUUUUCUCAAGUGGUGGCUAAACAUAUUUUGGAACUGAAAAAAAUCCAACAUACCACAGUGGGCCCAACCCACCCAGCAACACAGACAGAAGGUAAUAACAAUGUGCCAAAAGUGUCACCUGUACCAACAGAAGGGUCUACUGCUCAAACUUCAACCACUCAGAUUGUACCACUAACAACAACAAGGACAAUAACAAAACCAGUUGUUCCCAUCCUUACAAGUGCAACUUCCAACACUGGGAUCUUCAAUCCAGUUCCUGAUGCAAUCCCAGAAAAGACAAUGUUCUUAAAGUCAAAUGAUAAUUUCCUUUUAAUGUUCCUAUUUCUGUUCUUUUUUAUUCUCUUCCUGUGUCUGUUCACCUACAACUGUUACAAAGGGUAUUUACCAGGCCAAUGUUUAAAAUUCCGGUCUGCUAUGUUAUUUGGUAAGAAAAAGUCCAAGGCAGAUUUCUCUGAUUGUGAGCAAAGUGCAAAAGAAACAUUAGUGGAGCAAGCCAGCAUCAGCAUUCAAAAUGGGGAGCAGCCAAAGCCUGCACAUGAUACUGGCUACGAGACUGAACAAGACACUGGAAAUGGCCAGGUUCGGCAUCAUGAUGAAUCGCAGGCUCUCAAAGAAGUCAAGGGCAAACCUUUUGAUGUUAAGUGUGAACUAAAAUAUGUUGACUCGGAUGCAGAGGGUGACUGAAGGAGACGUUCCUCCACUUUAAUUGUGACAGUAACUGUGGUUCUUACAGCUAAUUGUUUGAGUUCGGAUAGUAUGGAUGUGACAGCUGAGCCAUAGAAGGUUAUGUGCGCUUAACCUAUACAGCAAGCCAAUCUCUCAAACUUUGCUAGAGUAGAAACAUGUUUUUUAUCUGCAAAUCAUAGUGUUCAUAGUGGUUCUUUUAUUCUUUUUAAAAAAUGGCCAGUUUCAGAUCACCAUUUGUUUAUUCCCAAGAUUUUUCAGAAUACUUUUAAAGUUUGCAGAUAGAGUAACUGAUUUUAUUUAAUCCCUAUUUUCCAUAAAAUAACAAUGACUCGAAUACAGUUGGCUUCAAAAAGUACCUCCAGUCUGCACGUUUUAGCUGCCAUUAAAAAAAAAAAAUCUAAUUUAAUUUUAAUUCCAAAUUGGAAAUGAAGUUUAGUUUAUCAGAUUGGUAAAUUAUAGUCUUUUGUCCAGAUUGGGACAUUUUUGUUUGCUUCUAGUUAUUCUUAAUAUAUGCUUUUAAUUGCGUUUGUUGACACAUUGGGUAGCUUUACUUAAAGUUUAAUUUUCAAAAAUUACCUUUGUAUACCUUUUAGAUUUUAAUGUAUGCUGGGAUGGAUCUGGCUUGACUUGCGUAAGAUUCUCAGGGAUAAUCUUUGCUUCAGUGCUUUUGUUGUUGUUGUUGUUCUGUUUUUUUUCCAUUCUAGAAAUAUAGGUACAACAGGAAUUUGGAUUCGUUGUGGGGGGGGGUUAUAGCUAUAGGGAAGCUUUUUUGUUCUUAAACAAGCUUGGACAAAGUCACAUUUUGUUUCCAUACAAAACUGGAUGUCAUGUUUUGAAAAAAGCGAAAUGGUACAGGCAAGCAGCUGUCACUGAGCUGUGACACAGAGUGUUUUGCACUGGAACCGAUUGAGAAUUUAUGAGAAGAACUCUCUAUAAACAUUGGAUGGGGUGAACUUGCUGGAAUUGCCUGUUGCAAACACAGCUGGACAAGAAAACAUGGCAAGUAACUCAACUUCCUUUUCAUAACAAAACCUUCCUACUACUUCAGCUUUUCUGGAUGACUUCCACUGAUCUCUUAUGCAACUGGAGACUGAAACUGGAUUUGCUCAUCAGUUACCUGGACUGUCACGUGAAUCAUGCCUGCAAGUGCAUUCUUAUUCUAAGCCUGAUUCACAGGAGCACUGUUUGUCUGUAAAAGUUUUUUUUUUUUUUUUCAUGCAGUACAGUUCUAAAGAAUUGUUCCUCUCACUGUGUCUUUCUGUAAAUAUUGUUAGAAGUAGAGAGAAUAUUCCUAGUGAAUAGGUAUGCCUGGGCUGCUUUUUUUUAUGGUGACCUUCAUUCAAACAUAGUAUUAUUAGACCGUCUUAGUGUAAACCGUUUAUAUUUUAUAAGAUUCAGUUUGGUUUUAUUUUUCUAUUUUUAAUUGUGUACAAAAGAAAUGUGAUGGAAUAAAUAUUAAAAUAAAUUGUAUUAUCUUUGUUUCCAUGACCCUUGACAUCAUGAUGCCAUUUUGCAUGUUCUAAGGCCUAACAUUCCUUGUGGUUUUCUGUAAGUGGGACGAUGAAGCCUUCUGUAAUCAAUUUCCACCGGGUUUUCUCUUCAGGUUUAAAUCCUGGGGGUAGGGAGGAGAGCGAAUGAAUCUGUUUUCCAGGAAGCUAGUGACAUCUUCUUUUAUUGCCCUUCUAAAAUUCAUUUAUCCUUUUUUUUGCAUUAUUUCUUCAGUGUGUGAUGUAUUUCUUACAACUUUUGUCCUUAGUGCCCUCUUUUUUUCUUUUCUGUCCUCU